AUGCCUUCCGCAAAACCGAUUCUGCAUCCGUUAAAGACACCCAAAAUUACUACAAAGUUCCCUUCCGAGCUUCACAAUGAAUCCUCGUCGAGUCUAUCGGAUGGAGUGAAGCAAGAGGAUGGCAUUUCCACGCCCAUCACGCCUCCUGCGGCUUAUACAGAGUUCCUCAAAGCGUUCACCCCCGUAUUCUCCAGCCCUACCAGCGCUGGAGUGAGCUUCCCGAAGUUCCCUUUCGACAGACCUGCCCACUCUCCGACAUCACAGCCUACCAGUGCAGUCAGCGGCUCUUUCGUCUUCAAUGACCCCGUCCGAUCUGCUACCGCUUCACUUCCGCCGCCCACUCCGUUCACAGCACCGGCAUCUCAGCCGAGAAAAGACCCAACGUCCUUGCGGCGCUUGCGGAUACCGCAGACAUUGAGGUAUUCACCGACAACGGAGUCUCCUCAGAGUGCGACUACAAUUCGCUCGCCUUUUUCUCCGUCAGAUUGGAAGCUGCGCUAUUUUGAGGCGCCGCGGAGUGCAAGCGGCCGAGUUAGUGUGAGACACGUUGUGACUCGAACGGUGACCUACAAGAGGACGCAGCUCGAGGCUCCGCCUAAAGGCAAGCGAAGGAAGUGCCAAGAAGACAAGGAGACUUAG